AAUGAGUAUUGCGGACGUCUCAGUGCGACCGAAAAAUUCAGCUAGAGCUUGUAUUUUUAGUGAAAUAAGUUUCGACGCGAACGUAAAUCGGCCUAUGUUAAAAAUCGUUCACGUUUGUGCUCAAUUCGGACUCGAUAUUAAUGGAUAAAGGUGCACAGAAUGAGGUUUCAAUUACGAAAAUCACGAUUAAAAAGGAGAACUUAAAUGACGACAUUAAGGAAUUUGCUGAAACAGCAAUGAAUGAGUUAUUGGGUUGGUACGGUUACGAGAAUCGCUCGGAAGAAUCCAGGAAAUCUCGAAGAUGUAGAUCUCACUCCGGUAGUAACUGUUCUGAACCAACCUCUCCAAAAUAUUCUGAUGGUUGCCCCUGGUGUGGAAAACCGGUAGAAGAGAGUGCUGGACCGACCUCCACAAUGGCAAACUUCUGUUCCGAAUUAUGUUUUUCACAAUCAAGACGAGCUAAUUUUAAGAAAAAUAAAACCUGCGACUGGUGCCAUCACGUGAGAAAUACAAUAUCUUACGUAGAUUUUCAGGAUGGUGCUUCUCAGUUACAAUUUUGCUCCGACAAAUGUCUGAACCAAUACAAAAUGCACAUCUUCUGUAGGGAAACGCGCGCACACUUAGAAUUACAUCCACAUUUGUACGUGGACGAUGCGAGCAGCGGAACAUUGAUAACGCCCGAUUUAUGGAUGAAGAACUGCAAAUCACCACCGCGACGGACCCCUUCGCCACCACCGUCCCCGCAAAUAGACACGACCGUUCAGUCGUUGCCCGUUCCAUUAAUAUCCGUCGCCCAUCCCUCCAAACUUAUGACGCCCGGCGUGCCGGAAAGUAAACGCAGUAGGUUUAAGUUGCAAAAAAAGACAAGGAAACGCGUUUCGUCCACGUUGACCAACAACUACGGCAAACUCGGCGAAGGACCUCAAGACUUAAGGGUUAGGCAUACAUCGACAGACACCGAAUCUUCCUCCACACUAGUAAACCACACAUCACCAGAAAAUGCAAAAGCCCAAGACAAGUUUCCAACCAGAUUCCAAAAUAACGCGACUGCUGAACCGCAAAUUCUCAAUUCACCCCCUUUGGUCUCCAAUCAAGCGUUGUUAGGAAAACCUUUGGAAAGUUUACUGCCACCACCAACCGUAUUGGUGCCCUAUCCUAUUAUACUUCCAAUCCCGAUUCCCAUACCCAUACCAUUACCAAUUCUACAGAAAAAUGACAAAGUCAAGGUGGACGCAUCUAGUCAAACAGAAGAUGUCACAGAAGUUACAGUGAAUUCUAGUCAAGAGUCUUCAGAUAAGGAGCUUGUAGUAAAGAAUAAUAUUGGCAGACCAUUACGUAAAAGAAAAAAAUUAAACGAUGACAAGUCGAAAGUCAGUAAAUAUAAAAAGGUGGUCACAAAAUUAAAUUGAUGUCUAUAUACCGUAUUUAUUUAUUUUUUAUUAUUUUAUAUUGUCAACUAUAUGGCGCAAAUUUUGUAUUAUUUAUAUUGAGUUUUAUUAUAUUGUUAUAGACUA